CCCCCCAUGGGAGGGAUCCCAUGCAGGUCUCCCCACCAUGCUCCUGCAGGUCGAUUGCGCCGCCGCACAAAGUUCACCGGCCAAAGCUGGGGCCGGACCCGUCGUCGAUGCGUCACCUCGGUCCAAGGCCGCCUGCGCCUGGUGGUUGGACGGGCCUCCCGCCGGCGCCGCCCCUGCAUCUAUCUGAUUCGGCUGUCCAAGGCCACAUGCGCGCUGCUGCUAGGCCACGCACUGUUGUGUGCCUCCUCUUCCAAGGCCACUCCCUUUGGAUCGGGGCCAGAUCCUCGUGCGUGUGCAGCCAUUCCAACUGCAUCGGGCAGUGCUCUCGCUGUGAUUGCAUUCAGCGAUGAGGAGGGCGUUAGAUUUCAGACAAUGUUUCUGGGAAGCGCCGCUGUAGCUGGUAUUCUACUUGAAUCAAUUUUGCAAUUAUCUGACAAGAGGUUGCCCAUUUUGCAUAAACAACCCGGACUAUGUUUUGAAAACGGUUUGCUGAUGCAGUCUAUAUGUUGCAUUCAACUUCUUCAGUGGCACUAACGUUCAAGAGGCUCUUCGGCUGAACUCCUUCGAGGCUAGCGUUGAUGCUCUUGGUCAAGUCAAGUACAGCCUGGAGUCUUAUUCAGAAUUAGAAGUUCAAAAGAAGAGUUCCAUGAAAGUCAAAAUCAAGAAAGAGCGUUAUGAAGUAUAAUUACUAAUAAGACUAGUGUGUUUGGUGCGUGCGUGCGGACUGUGAUGUCUCCUGUGUGUGUGCUCACUUUGUGGGUGCUCAUGUGUUUGCAUGUGUGUUGUGAGCUCACAUGUGUGCACUCAGAUUUUUUUCUUUUGUUGAGCAUUCGUGUGUGCUCUUGUAUGUGUGUGUGUGUGUUGCUAUGUCCUCCAGUGUGUGUGUGGUCUUAAUACAUGUUCACAAAAA